UGUAGACGUCAUUUAAAGGCCCAGAUGCGUAUUAUGCUCUGGAACUGACCUCUUUACAGCGGACAUUGUCAUAAAAAAGUGUUUUUGUAAGAAAUUUCUUUAAUAACAGCCGUAUUCCGUCUGUUUGUACGCGAGAAAAAUGUUGCGCUACGGAAGCACGAAAUAUGCGAUACAUAAAGGACAGGCGACCCCGUGUCUUUAUCCAGAGGGCAACCGACUAGUCUCUUUAAUAAUAGCCAUAUUCCGUCUGUCUGUUCGUGCGUCUAUUUGUCUUUUUGUUACGGAAACACAAAAUGCGAUAUAUAAAGGACGGGCGACCCCGUGUAUUUUUCCACAAGUUGACGGCUAGUCUAUAUUAUAACCCGUAUACGUCUGUAUAUCGAGUUGGUGACUCGAUUGCCACUUGUCCUUGUUGAUUUGCAAGACCAGGUUACCAAAUUAAAGAACCGACUUGUCAAUUACACCAUCGAGUUAUCGAAUUGGCAUUAAAUAUUGACAAUUUGUGCACAUUCUAACUUUAAAGCUUUUACCUCUACACUUCUUUAAGGUCCACUAUAGAGGUUUCACUGUAGUUUCAACUCAUGGCAGAAAAUAUCCUGAGGACGAAGUUGUUAUAUUGUGCCAAUUCUGAAAUGUGAGUUUGGAUAUGGCGUAAAUAUGUUUAAUUCUAUAAAGUAUUUAAAAAAUUCAACUUUGAUGUCAGAGCUAAGUUAAAAAGAAACCCUGGAAACAAGAUCACAAAAAUCAUUUUGGAUUAAAAAAGUCGUAUUCUUGAGCUGCUUGUCUUUUUGUCGCCUUAACUGCAAUACUUUUAGGACCACUUUUAUUCAAAUAGUAAAUAGUUACCCUAGGCCUUUUUAGAAAGAUGCUUAGUGAACACAAAAACUACUGCGGAGGAGACAACAAACAAUAUAUUAUAUUGACAAAAAGAAAACGUACAUUCUCUCGUUAUUUUUAAAGAGAAGGCGACGUAUACGAGUAGCAGGAAAGCAGGACAUUUAAAUGAAAGUUUUUAAAAAACAAAAUAACAGUUAUAAUAAUGAAAUUGUGUAUAUUUACGGUUAACUUUGUGAUUUGUGUUCUUCAGUUUGCUGUGGGUGAUCCGUUUGCAACCUGUCGAAAAACUGCGAAAUUCUCCACGAAAACAGGAUAUGACAUGCUACCUGCAGUAAAAGCAGAUGUUACCAAACCGACUGAUUACACCGCUGUUCAGAUAAACAUGGUAUUUAGACAUGGUGAACGUUUCCCUGGUAACGACGAUGUCGAAAAAAUGAAGGAGUUUGCAAAGAAAAUAAAUAGAUUCAAGUCAACCAUAUCUCCUGACGUAAAUUUAUCUUUGCCAUGGCAACCAAAAUUAAAAGGGAUUGAAGACAAAAUGCUGGCUAAACAAGGAGAAACAGUUUUGUAUAAUUUGGGGAAAAGAAUUAGAAAAUGGUUCCCAGAAGUCUUUGCGAAAACAUAUAGCACUUACAAUUACAAAUUCAUGAGCACGUGCGUUCUUCGCGCAGCAGGAAGUGCAGAUGCCAUUGCCAUGGGAAUAUUUGAAAAUCAUGGUCACUUGGGGCCGGAUAAGUUACAACCAAUACAUUUGCUUGUUAACCCCUGCGACAAAGACAUUAUUUUGAAGGCGCAGGACAAUUGUAGGUUAUAUAAUUUGCGAGUGAAAGACAACGACACAGCCCUUGAACAAGUGAAAAAAUUUGAAGAAGGACCAGAAGUUAAAAGCGUUAUUAAGAGCAUCAAGGCAAAGUUUGGGCAGUUGGGUAUGAGUCUCAGCUAUGAUGAAGUAAAAAUGAUGUACAAAGUCUGUUCUUGGGAUAUCAUAAUGUUUAACGGUAGCUUACAGAACGGAAUAUGCUCAAUGUUUACCCAAGAUGAGUUGUCAGUCAUCGAGUAUAAUGAAGACAUGGAUGAUUACUAUAAACGAAGCAACGCGUACGAAUUGUCAUACAAAAGUAGCUGCCCUUUGCUCCGCGACAUAUAUAACAGUAUAAAAACUAAAAUCGGAAAACCGGAUUCAUUCAGUGGAAUAUUCCGAGCUGGUCAUUCGGAUACGAUGUUGCCGUUUUUUGCAUUGCUCGGCGUGUAUACAAACGAAAUAAAAAUGACGUCGUCGAAUUACAUUACAAACAAGAACCGUACAUUUAGAGGAGGUUGUUUGGCACCGUUUUCCUCUAAUCUCUACUUUGUUCUUUACAAGAAGAAUAAUGGCGGCAAUUCGACAAAGGAUUACAAAAUUCAACUAUAUGUGAAUGAGAGAUUGACAAAAAUUCCCGGUUGCUCAUCAAUUACCGACUGUACUUUUCAGGAAUUUGAUCGCCAAUACAAAAGCAUAGUGGAUAAUUGUGAUUACAAGAAAAUGUGUGACGUUUCAAUACCAACUCCUCAACCUAAAAGCGAUGCUGUAUAUAUGUCUUUAACUACCUAUUUUUCGCUAGCACUUGUUACCUUGGUAUUUGCUUUGUGAUGAUCAAAAACAUUAUCAUGUCAGUUACGGAAAAAACAAAAAAUACAAUUCAAUUUACUCCGAAUAUUUCUAUGUACAGGCAUUAAGGUGUACAUUUGUUGUAGAAAACAAAUGUUUUUUUGGAUUUUUUAUUUUUUCGGGGAAAGGGGUGAAUGGCUUAAUCUUGAAAAUUUUUGAAAGCUAGUGCAAUGUGUGUAUUUAAAGUUGUAUUAAUUAUUUACGCUAUCACAUCUUGUAAAAUUUUGGGUCAAUUUCAAAAGUUUAAAAAUUCCUAAUAAAUAAACAACUGGGCAGUAAAAUGCAUGCAUGA